CGACAGAACACAACCUGCAGAGGAGUGACCUAGAGAGCUCGUAGUGUAUCCGCCACGAGUUUUAUUAUUUAUUUAAAACACUGUGGUUUGGUUGUCGGCUCGUCUCCUCACUUGGUUGCCACAACUGAGGCGGUGCCUGGGUGCAGGACAGGAAUUGUUUUUUUUUUUUUUUUACUGCACUCCCCUUAGAGAUUAACGCGACACCCCCGGCUGUUGUCUUCCUCCUGGGGCAUUUUAAACCUCAGAGUGAUUGUGGACGGACAUGGCCGACACUUUAAGGAGACUAACCAAUACAUCUUCCUUCAGCGUCUUACAGGACAAGCUUGAGAGCUGGCACAAAGACUACCAUGUUAUUUCCUGUGACCAGAAUCUAAAUAGAUGUUGUGAGCUGAUUGAACUAACUGCCAAGAUCCAGGGCCAACUGUUUGCCAUCCUCAACCUCGCAGCCGCUGAAGGUGGACACUAUGCCGGAGUGGACACUCUCAAAACGCGCCUGCUGCCGUGGCUCGGAACGUGUUUCUCUAUGGCGAGGCCCUCGGUCACUGAUGACACCAGUCUACAGCUUAUCCAGGAUUCGGUGGAAAAGGACAGGAGGAUCAGGGAGCUCUCUGUCUCCCAUGAGAGUGACAUGCAGAAGAUGGAGACUCAGCUGUGCUCCACUCGCCUGGAGCUGGACUCUGUUAGAGAAGAACUGAUUGAUACUCAGAAAGAACUGGGUGAGACAAAGAGCAAAUCAGCAACCACUCUGCUGGCCACUGAAGAUGAAAUAUUACAACUGAAAGCAGAUUUGCGAUCCGCACGUGAGCAGGUGGAGAUUUAUAAGAGGAAGCUGGAGGCUCUUGACGACUAUGAGCGGCAGAUUCGCUUGCUGAGAGAUGAGGUGUCCUACCUGAGCACAGAGAAGGCCAUGCUGCAGGAGAGGCUGGUGAGAAGUCGUUCUCCGAGCCCCUUGCCUAGGCUCAGUCGCUCUUCCAGCCCCGCGAGGAGUGAGUCGCCCACCAGAGCUCAGCUCACCAAUUCCUCCCGCCAUGCACGCCUCGUAUCGCGCCUCAGUGACCUGUAUGCUGUCGAGCGUCUGGAGGCCCAGAACCUGCUUCGACGCUACAUUGCCGACUUAGAGAUGGUCCAGAAAAUCAUCUUCAUUGCUGUCAUGGAAUCCUUUAAGACAGCAAAAUUGGCUUACCGUCAGUUCAAGUUGCGUGUGAGAAAGACAUUGUCCUCAUCCCACUAUGGGCCAGAAAGUCUAGAGGAUGCAGCUGUGGACUACAUCGUCAGAAACCUGGACCUCUAUGACGUUCAGGCCAGCGUCAAUGAUGUGAUCAAUGCCAUGAACGUGAACCCUCGGAUCUCUUUCCCGCCAGAGGUGGACUUUGUCCUCAUCAGUACCUUGAUCAGGGAGACAUGCAGGGUGGCCUUUGCCAUGCAGACACUGGACCCCCCACUUGACUUGGCCUUUGCAAGUGAUGGAGAACUUUACAAUGACUGCAAGUAUCGUCGGAGCUAUGACUCAGAGUUCACUGCUCCUCUGGUGAUGUACCACGUGUGGCCAGCCUUGAUGGAAGGAGAUGCUGUGGUAGUGAAGGGCGAGGCCGUGACUAGAAGGGGUGCCCCGAGAAUAGUGAAAGCGCAUGGAAAGGCUCAUGUGUUUCCUGGGGAUGUGUCAUUUUUUGCAGUGGAGCAGAAGCCGGAGCAGGAGUGCCAGCCCUGUGCGCUCUCGUUCUCUCAGCCCCUCUCGCAGUCUUGCAUUUAACAGCAAAAGAAGCCUGUCUCCUGAACGUCUCACAGCUAGCCGCCUGUGAACUUUGGCCUCUCUGUCAUCAGGACAAGAAUCGACAUUUGUACUUCAUGUCAGUGAAAUAAAGGUUACACAUAUGCUUCCACCAAAUAAAAUAAUGAGACCCUGUGAUACUGUUACACCCAAAGGCUGCUCAGAGUUUACAUUGUUGAAGGGCAGAUUAAUAAGACAUUGACAGUAAUUAGUCUGGCAGCUAACUGAACAGUUGUCUUGGUUCACUAUAUUUACUCAGUAUUUUAAUGGUCAUCAGAAAGUUAAAGGUACAUUUUUCAGGGGAAAACUUGAGCUGCACAGCAGCACUUUCUUAUUCUGACAGCUCAUACAGCUCAAACAUAUUCAACCUUUUACUUUUUACCAAAAGUAAACACCUGUGGAGCAGAUUUCUUUGGCCGUGUUGUAGGACAUACAGUGUGGUGCUAAGGAUCAGUGCUAACUUUAACUCCUGCAGUACUUGAGUGACUGAUAUUGGUCAUAGUGAUAUUUAGUGUUAGUGAUUGUUGUGGUUUUUUUAUAUCUUAUUUUUAUUAUUUGGUGCUGUUUUAUAUUCUGAUCAUUAAUUUGAGCUAAAGCAAGACAUAGUGAGGUUUAAGAAAUUUUAAAGUAACAUAACAUGUGAUUUGUUAAUGAUGAGUAUAACUGGAGAUGGUGUUGCUUUUAAAGUCCAAAAUAUUUUUAAAAUCAGACUUUUAAAUUCAGACUUUUCCAAAUAGUGUUACCAGUUAGGGUGUAUAAAUAUAGAACUGGUAGAUUGUAAUUUUGCAUAAAUGUCUCUAUGCAUAAUGUACUGUAUAUCACCACUUACAUUUUCAUAUCCAGAACUACUGUACUUAAUGUUACCUUGAAUGGCUUGAAUUUACAAAAUACGGUCAAUACUGUAGGAUAAAUUAAUAAUUUGAUUUUGCUUUGAUUUACGUGCGAUGGAUAUAUUCUUUGGCUGUGCCUUUUAUGGUUGCUUUUUUUAAAGAAUAAAUGUCAAACCUUUAGUUUCCUGCAA